GAUCGUGGAGCAGUCCUCUGGGACCGAGGUUUCCUCCUUCCCCAUCUACAAGGUGCUGUUUUGCGCCCGGGGCUGGGAGGACUCUGUGGAGAGCGACUGCUUCUCCUUAACAGAGAGCUACCGCAGCUCUGAAGACUUCCAGAUCCACGUCUUUUCCUGCCACAUCAAGGAGGCCGUUAGCCGCAUCCUGUACAGUUUCUCCACGGCCUUCAAGCGUUCGUCGCGGCCCCCAACCGAUAUCCGGGACCAGACUCUCCCCUCCUCCGCCGACAACGACCUCUAUACCUUCACCGUCUCUCUGGAGGUCAAGGAGGACGACAGCAAGGGUAAACUACAGUGCUGUUCCUAAAGACCGAGACAAGUUCUACUUCAAGCUGCGCCAAGGCGUCCAGAAGAAGGUGUUGAUCUCAGUGCAGCAGAUGUGCAAUAAGGAGCUGGCCAUCGAGAGAUGCUUCGGGAUGCUGCUGUCUCCAGGACAGAAGGUCCGGAACAGUGACAUGCAUCUGCUGGACAUGGAGUCAAUGGGGAAGAGCUCGGAUGGGAAGGCCUACCUCAUCACGGGAACCUGGAACCCCAACAUGGCCGCCUUCCAGCUGCUCAACGAAGAUACAGCUAAAGACAAGCAGAUGUACAUGACGGUGGCGGUGGACCUGGUAGUGACGGAGGUCCAGGAGCCAGUCCGCUUCCUGCUGGAGGUCCUGGUCCGGGUCUACCCCGCCAACGAACGCUUCUGGUACUUCAGCCGCAAGAGCUACAGCGAGACCUUCUACCUCAAACUGCAGCAGAGACUGGAGGCUGGCUCUCUGGGCGAUGCUGUGUUCGAGGUGGUCAGUUUGCAGCGAGAGGCGGACCGCACCAACAGAGCUCAGGGGUCCUCACUCGCUGAGGAAGAGGAGCACGAGGAAGACAGCGACAGCGAGAUCUCCAGUGGGACAGGAGACGUUUCAAAGGACUGUCCGGAGAAGAUUCUGGAGCUAUGGGGAGGAAUGCUGAGCAGAUGGCAUUGUAACCUGGCCAUCCGUCCAAAGGGCCUGGGGUCCCUAGUGAGGGCAGGGGUCCCCGAGGCUCUGAGGGCUGAGGUCUGGCAGCUCCUAGCGGGCUGCCCAAGCGAACUCACCCUUCUGGAGGAGUACCGCACACUCAUCACCAAGGAAUCCGCUCAGGACGGGGUGAUCACCAGGGAUAUCCACAGGACCUUCCCCGCCCACGACUAUUUCAAGGACUCGGAUGGAGACGGACAGGACUCCCUAUACAAGAUCUGCAAGGCCUACUCCGUGUAUGAUGACGAGAUUGGCUACUGUCAGGGCCAGUCCUUUCUGGCUGCAGUUCUGCUGCUGCAUAUGCCAGAGGAACAGACCUUCUGUGUGCUGGUGAAGAUCAUGUAUGAAUAUGGGCUCCGGUCUCUGUACAAAAACAACUUUGAGGACCUCCACUGCAAGUUCUACCAGCUGGAAAAACUCAUGCAGGAGCAGCUUCCAGACCUGUGGGCUCACUUCCAUGAUCUGAGUCUGGAAGCCCACAUGUACGCAUCCCAGUGGUUCCUCACCCUUUUCACCGCCAAGUUCCCCCUCUGCAUGGUGUUCCAUAUCACAGACCUGCUGCUGUCUGAGGGUUUGAACAUCAUCUUUAAUGUAGCCCUGGCUCUUCUAAAGACGUCCAAGGAGGACCUACUUCAAGCGGACUUUGAAGGAGCGCUAAAGUUCUUCAGAGUGCAGCUUCCCAAGCGCUACAGAGCAGCAGAGAAUGCUCGCAGACUCAUGGAGCAGGCCUGCAACAUCAAGGUUCCCACGAAGAAGCUGAAGAAGUAUGAGAAGGAGUACCAGACCCAGAAAGUGAGCCAGCUACAGCAGGAGGACCCCAUAGACCGCUACCAGAGGGAGAACCGGCGACUACAGGAGGCCAGCAUGCGUCUGGAGCAGGAGAACGAUGACCUCGCCCACGAGCUAGUCACCAGCAAGAUCUCCCUGAGGAACCACCUGGACCAGGUGGAGGACAAGGCUGAUGUUCUGAACAAAGAGCUGCUGAACACCAAGGAGCGCCUUGUGGAGACAGAGGAGGAGAAGAGGAGACAAGACGAGGAGACGGCGCAGCUGAAGGAGGUGUUCAGGAGAGAGCUUGAGAAAGCAGAGUCGGAGAUCAAGAAAACGACAGCUAUCAUUGCGGAAUAUAAACAGAUCUGCUCCCAGCUGAGCAGUCGCCUAGAGAAGCAGCAGGUCGCCACUAAAGAGGAAAUGGACAUCGUACGGAGUAAGGUGAUGUCCUGUGAGCGAUGCAGGGAUGUGUUUUGUGCUGAGGGACCCCUCCACACGCUGGCCCCGAGCCAGGAGGGCCUCAGGGCCAGCCGGGGAGAUGAUGAGAAGGACUCCCUGAUGGAUCAGCUGAGGGAGCUGGAGCUUGAGCUGGCCCAAACCAAGCUGCAGCUGGUGGAGGCCAAGUGCAGGAUACAGCUGAACCCCUCAAGGAUCGACCGGCACACUUUUGUGUGUUCAAAGCACUUUGUCAAUGGGGAGCCAAGUCUCGACUACCCAAAUCCAGUUCCUGCUGUUCCAUCUGGUAGAGAAAUUCCAGUGAAAUGUCGAAGACUUCAGACUAAAAGAGAGAUCACCACAACAUCAGGCUCAUUAGUGGAGGACACCGCAACGGAGGAGAGGCCCAUGGUCAUUGAAACAGUGGACCAGGUUCACACAGAGGACCAAGAUCGCACAGAGGAAGAUGAAGUGAAAAGACUUAAGAGGCAACUCGCUGAAAAGGAAAAAGAAAAUGCCUUACUGAGGGAAAAGAUACAAAGUUCACCCACGCCACACCCACACCCACUCAGGGACCGUACCCACUCACACCGGAGACUUUAUGCAACUGUGAUGUGUCUGAGUACUUCAAGUAUUGCACAGGCUUUAGUUAUGAUGAGUUUAAUAAGCUGUGUGCAUUUUUCAGGUUACCCAGUACUGCAAAGGAUCCAAAAACAUUUAUCCCUGUGACAUAUCACAAAGUAGAUCAGCAGGUCAACCUCAUGCCUUUACGACAAUUCAAUUCAAUUUUAUUUGUAUAGCCCUUAAUCACCAUUACAGUCUCAAAGGGCUUAACAGGCCAAAUAUUCAUGACACCCCCCUUUAACCACGACAACAGUUCCUACUCACACUGAUGAAGCUGAGGCAAAACUUUGAUCUGACAGAGCUUGCCUUCAAAUGUCAAAUUCCAGUGCAAAGCGUUAGCACUUUAUCCAAUUCGCGGAUUGAUUUCAUGUAUGGCAAGCUAGGCAACUUGUCUAUUUGGCCGCACAGGGACAGCAUAACAGAAAACAUGCCUACGAACUACAAACUACCAAUACGCUUAAGUGUCUGAUUGCCUGUGAUCCUCGUUGCUCCAUUAUCUUUGUAUCAACACUUUUCACUGGAUCAAUCUCUGACCAAGAAAUAUUUAGACAAUGUGGAGUCAAGGAUUUACUGAAAGGUCUGCUUCACUGUGGCUACCUUAAGGCAGGCGAUGGGCUCAUGGUUGAUAAAAGCUUUCUUAUUGAGAAGGAUGUGAAUGAGCUAGGCCUUAAUUUGAACAUUCCUCCCAUUGCCAAAUCAAAUAGUCAAAUGCCAGCUACAGAUGUUGAGAUGACAAAGAAAAAAGCCAAACACCGGGUACAUGUGGAAAGAGCUAUCGCCAAAGUGAAGAAAUUUAAAAUAGUUUCUGGAAGGAUGUCGGGCUUGGAAACAUAAAUCAGAUAUGGUUUGUAGUCUGUAUGCUGCCAAAUUUCCAGCCGCACAUUAUAAAGGCAUAGGCUCUAUCUAGCGGAUCAUUAUGUCUCUAAAUAAAGAGACGCUAAAAUAAGCUACUGAAUUGAAUGAAUGAAUGAAUGAAAUGUAUGUAUGUGACUGUAAUAAAAUCUCUACCUGCAAAUGAUAAGAAAUAAGUCCUAAUCUUUAUCAGUUUAGGAUUAACUGCUUUACCUGGUAGCUAAAGCCACUUCCAAGAGGGUAGGGCUGGGCGAUCUGACCAAAAUAUCAUAUCCCGAUAUAGGUCAUUCAUAUCCCAAUAACGAUAUAUAUCACGAUAUAGCACAUUUUCUGUAAAUUCAAUGAAUAAAUAGUUUAUAUAAAAUGACCACUUGGCCUAUUUCGUAUUACAUUUUGAAUUAUAUACUCUUACUCUAUCCACUUACUCAUGAUUAUUUUUCUCCUUUUAUUUAGAACCUUUGUGCAAAUUAUGCAUCCAGCAAAAUAUAAAAUAUGAAUGUAUAAAUAUAAAAAGGUAAAUAUAAAACACUCUUUUUUGGUUGGUUUUCAAAAAUAUUAAAACCAACCAUACCAAUAGUCUUUAACAGUAGAACUUUGUAUUGUAGCCGCAAACAAAAAUUAAUACAGGCCUAACAUAAAUAUUGGUAUAUAAAAUACGAAAUGUAAACAUGGAACACUUUCAAUGGGACCAAUGCAGCAAAAUAAGGCUCACAAUAUAAAUAUAUAGAAUAUUACAAGUACGUUUUGAGCACUCGACUACUGUACUUUUGUGGAUUUCAUCCGUAGACACUCUCCGUACUGUUUGUCGUGAUUCAUUCGUAGGUGGUAAAAUAGGUUGGUGGUGUUUGAGUCUGGUGAGGGGACCGGUUUGCGUCAUACUUUACAAAGUAAGUUUUUCUGGUCCGUGUCCGACUUUUCAAACCCAAACCACGUCCAUGCGAUAGAAGUAGCCCCUCUUUUAGGUACGAGCUCAUUUUGUCUUGGCUGGUCAUCGGAGUCCUUCUGCUGUUCAGAAUUGUCAUGUUCACUCUCCUCCAUGUUUGUUUGUGUUGCCUUCAUGUGCCGUGUGGAAGAAUGUAAAGCGUCGUCCAAAUGACUUAAAAUAUUACCGUAAUGAGUGUGAUUUGCGACAAGACGAUAUAAACGAUAGAGCAUAAUAUGAAACGAUAGACAUUUUUAUAUCAUCACACGAUAUAUAUCGUCAUAUCGCCCAGCCCUACAAGAGGGUACUUCUCCUAACCUAAUUCUACAUCCAUCGGAGGCUUGCUUGCUAUGGAGCUCAUAGGUGUCCCUGACAGUUCCCUCAACAACAAAAUACCCUGAUCUGUGACCUCAGACAUGGCCCUGUGAGAUACAAAAAACAUACAUGUCUACUUAUAUCAAUCUGAUCAAUACAAAAUUAUCCAUACCUAAUUAUGUUAUCUGAUCUGGAGUACAAGCUUCAUCUCAUCACAGUAAGUUGAAUUGUUUACUAUGUGGAAGAAGGAAAUAAGGUGUGUUUAAAAACAAGAGUUUUCUUACCUGUCGUUGUUGUAUUGGCAGAAGAUGGGUCUCCUUUUUCUGUCUGUCUUGGCCCUGGCCACAACAAUUGCUGUCACGGGCUGUGGUGUUACUUUGACACCUCUGGGUUUAUGCCACUGUGUUGGUAAGCUUGUGGAGGACUGUAGUUGUAGGCCUAUAGACAUGUUGGCGUCUUACAGAGGUCCAGGGUAUGGAUAAGCCCAAUGAUGUGGGCGCAGAACCCUGCGGAGCUAACGAAAGAUCACCUCGUUAAUUACAGCUAGCCUGCUAACGUUGACUAUUAUGGUUAUGAUAUGCUAGCAUAUAAUGCUAUACAAUGUUAUACAUGCUUUGUGCUUUUGCGUUAUAAUAACGACGAUAAUAGUGAAUAUAGACCUACCCAGCUUUACAGAAACAGUGUUGCUCGUUGAUAUCAUUUGUGCAAGCCUCCGUCUUGAUCAUCAGCUGAUGUGGCAACUCACUUUUUGAUUGUGAUCAAUAGGCUUUUGCCUCUAUUUUUAUCGCAUUAUGCUAUUUUUUUGUUACCUUGAUGUCCUGUAUGUAACCCUCAAAGGCAUAUUGUAAACCUUUCUGUCUACUUCGGUCAGAAACAGCAUUUGCUGCUUUAUAAAAGCCGGACAGCAGUUCAGCUGGAAGAGCUGUCAAAAAUGCCAUGUUGAAAUUAGUAACUCGCUUGUCGGACUUGGCAACAGUAACCAAGGGGGGCGGGGCUUAGCGAAAGGAGAAUUACCUGUUAUGGCUGCUAGAGCCACAGAGUAGGAGUAGGUUAUCAUGCCAGUGACAAAGCUGAUUGUUGAAAUCCAACAUGGCGGCGCCCUGUAACACUUUCAACGUACAAUUUAUACCCUUUUAGCAAGUUCAGCCAUUUUUAGUUAUUGUACCAAUGAGAAGGCAGACAAUGCAUCUGUUAUAUCAACUAAACCUCAAAUAUCAGUUCAGUUCAUCUUUAAGGUUUCAUCAUCAUGUCUAUGCUGCUCUACUAACUAGGAUGCGUCCUUAGCAUAGUGAUUGACCUUCGCUGCUAUUAGCAUACAAUUAGCCUGGUAUGAACGAUUAGCAGCUAGCACUUAGCAUGUAGCUAACGAUUAGCGAUCGCAUUAGCAAUUUAUUAAACACAUUUAAAAAUGACACCAUGAACACAAAAGUAUACUUAAAAAGGUAUCUGAACUCAAAUAGCUUUUAUAGUAUCUUGUUCUCUUUAGUACUAAGCAACAAUACAUUAGCAUUGGCAUGGGCAACACUCACCGGAGAUUCAAGUGAACAAUAUAAUUCACGGUAGUUAUCUUCUAUUUUCAAUGUUCAGGUCCUAAUAAAACGCCUUAUUAAUAUCA